AAUUGAACCUCUAGCAAGCCACGGACACAAACGCUGAAAAAAGGGAUAAAAAACACGGUCUUAACCUGAGGAAAGAGGGAUAUGUCCGGUAGAUUUCUGGAUAUAUGAAACGAUAAAAGCAGAAUACAGUGGAACAAACAGGGGUCAGUGACGGAGACCAGAAAAUAUCCUUUUUAAGUGCCUCGGAUACCCGGACCUACAAGUCAUCUUUUUUUUUGCCAGAGUAGGAAGGAAGAGUCGAGUCGCCGACAGAAAAACACAUCCAGAGUGAAACCAUGAACCCAGAAUAUGACUAUCUGUUCAAGCUCCUGCUCAUUGGAGACUCUGGUGUAGGAAAGUCCUGUCUUCUGCUUCGUUUUGCUGAUGACACCUACACAGAGAGCUACAUCAGCACCAUUGGAGUUGACUUUAAGAUCCGCACCAUUGAACUAGAUGGCAAGACCAUCAAACUGCAGAUUUGGGACACCGCAGGCCAGGAGAGGUUUCGAACCAUUACCUCCAGUUAUUACCGUGGAGCCCACGGCAUCAUAGUUGUAUAUGAUGUGACAGAUCAGGAGUCAUAUAACAAUGUCAAGCAGUGGCUACAGGAAAUUGACCGCUAUGCCAGUGAAAAUGUCAACAAGCUCCUAGUGGGAAACAAGUGUGACCUAACCACUAAAAAAGUAGUGGACUACACAACAGCUAAGGAGUUUGCUGACUCUCUGGCUAUCCCCUUCCUUGAAACAAGCGCCAAGAAUGCAACAAACGUAGAGCAAGCUUUCAUGACCAUGGCCGCUGAGAUCAAGAAGCGCAUGGGCCCCGGGGCCACAGCUGGCGGCGACAAGCCCAAUUUAAAAAUCGAGAGCACCCCUGUCAGGCAGUCCGGUGGGGGCUGCUGUUAAAGGAUCUCUCACCACCCCAACCAUCACCUCCACCAUCUCCACUGAAAUCUCCCUGUCUUCUCCUUCUGUGUUCCUUCUUGUCAUUUCUGUCAUGUUCAAAGCCUGAAGCCCACAUCCAGCUCCAUGAGCCUGCCUGGAGGAAUGGGGACGUACACAUGAGUAAACUCCUGGUGUUUUAAGAUCACAGGAUGGAUCGAAACCUGGAAAAGGUUAAUUAUCAGUUGUACACCCACAAAACAAACAAGAGAGAGAAGAAAACAAAAAGCAUCAGUGGGUCUGUGAUGGAGGCAAAGAAAGAGACAGAGGCAACUUUUACCUUCUGCCAAGAAGACAGAAAGAAAACAGAUUCAGGGGAAGAUUGGUAUUGAUUCAAUGUGGAAUGGAGGCAGUGAAGAUUAGGUUUAGAUACCAGUGAGCUUAUCUCAACACACACAAACACACACAUAUAUAUUCACACACAAAAACACGUAGACACUGUAAUGGGGUGGCAGGGGUUAAAGAGAUUUCAGCUUUUUGGCCACACACUUUUCUCCUCAGGCUGUGUCUGUCUUUGCUGAUCUCAUCUCGAUGCCACCCCCACCACCUUGCCCCAGCGCAAACUCUUCAAAUUAUUUACAAGACACACACACACGGAUGCUGUGUGUUUGAGUCACGCACUGUCGAUGCUGUGCACACAGUAAGACGUGACUCAUCAUCGCUAUUUAUUGAUGAGUAACCAGGGAAAGCCCUUUCACUGAGCCGUCUGUCCGUCCAUCUUCCUCCUCCUCUGCUCUCACUUUCACUCUGAAAACUUCAGUAUGCUUCAAACAAAACUUGAGUUCGUACCACAUCGCCACGAGGCACAAGUGUUGGUUAGACUUUUUUGUCUUUCAUUUACCUUCACACGCAAAGAAAAUAGUCUUGAAGGAAACAUCGGGCACUGUCCUGUCACUGCAUAAAGUCCGCGUCCCCUCUUCUAGCAGUCAAAUGGAGGUGUUUGGAUGCUGCUCUAUGAUCUAACAGGAAUUUUGUUUGGAGCGUACUGAUGCCCGGAGUGCCUCGUCACAUUGCAAAGUCGUACCUUGUGAGCUAACCUUAAACCAGUACAUGCAUCUUUUUUCUGCUGUUUGUCUAUGUGGAAUCAUUUAUAUUCCAUCUGAGGGAGGAUGUAUAAAAGUAACAGAGCGACACAGCUGAUGUCUUUGAGUGCGAAUGCUCUGGACUGAUUUACAUCAACUGAACCUGGCAAUUUCAAUGAGAAAAGGUGAAAAGAUUCCUCUGUUACAAAGACUGGUAUGAGCCGUCCUCAGUCUAAUGACAUGAUCACACUUUGGAAGAAUGAGUAGAAAGGGUAGUAGUUUAAAACAUUAGGAGCACUUUAUCGAGUCAAUAUAGAAAAUGGGAUAUAUGUUUAAAAAAAAAAAAAAAGCUAGUUAUUAUUGUCAAAUAAAUCCUGACAAGGUGAUACCGGACUUUGAAUCACCCUCUCUGACUUUAUUUCACCAUAAUGACUGUUUUACUGAACAUUAUUCGGAUUACAUGGAGACUUUUGACCACAAAUUUUGAUCUAAAAUUGAUAGUAUUGUCUAAACUGAUCCAAAAUUUAAACAAUUUCUGACACAGUCUAUUUGGCUGACGCUGGCUGAGUUUGUUUAUUGUGUUAAAUAUGAGCACGCCUUGAUAAUAAAGGCAUUCUACUGACAACAACGGUAACCAAAACCCCUGAUUUAACAUCAGAGGUAGAGGAGGACCAUUCUAUUAACUCUACAUGUACAUGUCAGAGCUGAGGGGGUGGUGGUUGUAAUAUGCAGUGUUAGGAAAAAGAGGACAAUAUUCCCCAAUUUUCCAAGAAUGACACUAAAUAUUACAGUGUGAAGGCGGACGUAAAGGUCGGAGUAGGGACUUACUCUGACACGCAAAAAA